UCCACUUGAUUACAUGGAAUUCAUCAUCUUUUUCAGGCUUCCUUGGUUGUGCUGUUUUACUGAGGUUGUUUGGAGCAGCUGCGUCAUGGAUAAAGAACUCCCUAAAGCCAGUCCCAGUGAGCCCGCACUGAACAUCAAGAAGUUAGGCAAAUCCUUCAAAUGCAAGAAGCCCACCAAAAAUGUGCAGGUCUUUUUAAUCAACAGACAACUGGGCAGGCACAGAAGUGACAUCGACCUGUCAAGGUGGCUAUGGAUGCUGUCAUAA